GCAUACCCGGCUAUCCCCUCGCAGAGCGGGUCGAUCGUUAACGCGUAGCACCACGGCCAUUGUGUAAAAAGAAUCCACGACGCUCGGUUAGUGUACGCUGAGGACGGGACGUGUAGUUUUCCAAGGUUUCCUCGUGUGAUAUUUAGACUGUGCCAAUAGAGAAAAGAGGAAACUGUAAGAAAAAAUGGAAGACGACCAGCAGUUCUGCCUUAGGUGGAAUAAUCAUCAAAGUACGCUCAUACAGAAUUUCGACACGCUUCUCGAAAGCGGGACGCUGGUUGAUUGCACUCUCGCGGCGGAGGGGAAAUACUUAAAGGCCCAUAAGGUAGUUCUUUCCGCGUGCAGUCCCUAUUUUGAGGGCCUCCUCAGCGAACACUAUGACAAGCAUCCUGUUUUCAUAUUAAAAGAUGUUAAGUUCAAAGAAUUAAAAGCGAUGAUGGACUACAUGUACAGGGGAGAAGUAAACAUCUCCCAAGACCAAUUGGCAGCACUUCUUAAGGCCGCGGAAUCUCUACAGAUAAAGGGUCUCUCAGAAAGUAAAACAGGUGGUAGCAGUAAGACGGACACGAGACAACAGAAGGUCGUCCCGCAAGCAACAGCCCCGUCGUUAGACAUUCCACAUGCGUCUUCCGGUCUUACAAUAGAAAAGAACAAAGUUCCUAGGCAGGCGGUUCCUCCUAUGGCACAAGGUUCCGUAGGGGACCUGCUUGAAGAGUCGAGCAGUCCCCAACUACCUAAGGGUCUCUCCUCAAGAGAGGGCUCGCAAAGUCCAACUUCAAGAAAAAGAAAGAGGUUUAGAAGAAGAAGCGUCGGUGAAGAUACUAUAGAAAAUCACGAAGCCUCGAAUUCCAGCGACAUGCCCCAGCAAAUGGGCGUUCCUGCGUUAGGAAUCGCGCCCGUUGCUGACGAAAAAGUGCACGCAGACCCCACAGACACGCUUGGCAGGUCAGCUUUAAUGACACAGCUGACGAAACCAGCGGACGAGAUGUUACAGCUACCCUUGGAAAAGCCUGAGCCAAAUGAUAAUCUGAUCGAACCAAAAUCUGAGUAUCUCGAAGACCCGGAGGAGAGCGUCGAAGACCUGACACUAGAUGACGAUAUGAAUGACCUAAACGAAAUGGAACAGGAUAAUAACAGAGCGGGACCGUCCCACGACCCCUCCCAACAUCCUGCAGGUAUAGGUGCGUGGCACGUUACCGGCGAUCGGAGUAACGCGGGAGGAGUUGUGGGCUCGGUGGCAGGAGCUCCAGGAACGACAGACGAAGUCUUUCUUGCAGCCCAGGAGGCCGCCCAGGCCCAUCGCGAUUCUCAAGGGUUCUCCCUGUCAGAUUAUCCGUGCACGGUGCCCAUCGGUAAAAGACGUCGGAGUUAUCAAAAAACCGGACUCCUCGGUAACGGCGAGAAGCAAAAGUUCCCGUGUCCCACGUGUCCGAGCGUCUUCAGUCACAAGAACAAUCUCUACUAUCACUCCAAGUUCGAAUGCGGUCAAUUACCGCGAUUCAGCUGCCCUUACUGUCCUCACAGGACGAGACACGUGUCUAACGUGCGUGCACACGUGCGCAGAAGACAUCCCGGUAACAACGUAUACGCUAUCGACGUCUGUAAGGUGGAAGGAUAAUCCUGUUGAAUAGGUGUCGAGAUUCUCUCAACUUCAACGAGGAAAAGCUCGCUCGAUUUGUAUGGUUGUACGCCGAAAAUGGCGUCCGCACUUAGCGUAACCCCGUGUCCUUUCGGACGUGGCGACGGCUGACAACGUAUACCCAUAAGUUGAUCGAAUGUAUCCUUAGAGUAUCGCUGUGUAAUCUUAGAAAUUCUCCUUCUGUAUUGUACAGUGUAGGGUAGCGUCGUCGAGAUUUGUAAUUGCUCCAACGCGCGUAGGACAAGUUUAAAUACAAAAAUGUAUUCGUUAACGAAGACUGUGGCAAUCGGCCGCCACGGUUGGAUUCAUGAAUCGCUAAGAGGCGUAGAACAGACGAUCAAGGGAUUAAUCUGUCUUAACUGUCGACGAUUACCUCUCCCCUCGAAUCCCUUAAUCCGCGAUACUACGCUCGCAUUUUUCGAAAGACUUUACUGCAACUUAUUUAAAACAAAAAGGAACUUAACGUAACGUUCGAGAGGACAUAGAAAACUGGAUAGGAGUGUUUCAUUUUUCUUUUUUUGUACUUUGAUAAGAAGACCAGGUAUCGUGUAUGCGGUAGCGAGGUACCUUCGACGCAUAAGAAUAAUAAGUGACACUCUUCCUUUGUACCCAAGAUCUCGCAAUAAACGUGGAAAGUACGAAAACAAGUAUAUUUGCGCGUGCACGCCAAGUUCUUAUCACUAGACUUGACCAGUUUGUUUGUAGAAAAACUGCGUUGUUUUGUAAGAGAUCCCGUAACCCAGUUACGGCUGACGUCCUUCUAAAUGUACGGAAGGCCCGGUUUAGGAACGAUGCCGAUAUCUCAUAGCUUUUGAUCGAUUAGACUGCGUCGCAAAGAACGUUCAGCCUUAUCUGGGUUAAUUCCAUUCACCCGCAGAACGAUCGAGAAACGCGGGCGUCUCGAGAAGAGUUUUGCUGGCGUAAUGAAAACGGUAUCGCUUUAAACAGCACUGUCGAUGUUUA